UCUUCCCUUUGAAUCCUCUCACGAAACAAAAUCAUGACGUUACCUUUAUACUUUUCUAUAUUCUGGAUCAUUGGAAUCGUAUGGGUAAAUCAUACAGUUAUACCACGUUGUACUCUAUUAACCUACACUAACCAGAUAUUAAAAACAUGUAAAUUCGUGACGCAGAUUUUGUACUUUUGGUGUUCUGAAAAUACGACUAAUAAUCGUAAAGUAAAUUUCAAUAUAAAUUCUACUAGAAGAGGUAGUAAGAUCUCCGACGACUCUUCCGACGGAUCCGACAAUGAAAAUUAUAAACAACGAAAAAGGAAAUUGAAAUACGAGGCUAAAACUCGUUGGCCAAGUAGAACCUCGGUGGAUACUAUGUAAUUCGAAAGUAUAAUAAUACAUACUCUCACAAAAUUAUUCAAG